AUGUCGGGCGAGGUAUUGCCUAGUUUUCUAUGCGUCGAAGUUGAACGCACGGCGGCGAUGCCGGCGGUGGCAGUGGCGGUGGCAGCGGCGGUGUGCGUCGAGUCAAGUGCAACAACAGUGCAACAGCCUGCGCAGCCUGCACAAUGGGCGCACAAGCCUGAUCUUUACUAA